UGGCAAAGGGGCUGGUAGCUGCUAAAGGCGGAGCGGCUUCUGCUGUGUCCCAGUAGGCGGAAGCAGGGCUAGGUCUUUACCUCCAUCAUCCCUAGGAAACAGCCACUGCGCGGUGGGGAAACUUUCCCCCCAACCUGUGUGAUGAGUGUGGCAGGGCUCAGCUGUCCCUCCAAUGCAACUGCAUGAAGAUUGAAAUUCCAGGAAACUUGUUGGGUUUGGCUGUUGAUUUAAUUUAUGUUUUCCUCCUUUCUUCUGUGGAUAAUUUUUCUUUGGGACUAAUUAUGUUUUAACUUGCUGUGAGUGCAAGCCAAUCAGAGGGGCAGCAUAGGUCUGCAGAAAGAAACAGAAAUUAUUAAGAAGCUAGGUCUGCUUCUCUGUGAGUGAGCAACACUGAGAGGGACAUGUCUGCAAGAGAAAGCAGAAAGUUAUAGACUGUGGCUAGGUAAAGGUGUGCUCCCCCACUCUCUAAGGGAAGGGCAUUCUGUAUAAGACACUGCAUCUCCAGGGAAGACCCAAAAGUUAUACAGAAAAUAGACCACUGUGUCUGCCUGUAAUGUGCAGAGCAGAUGAUGUGUGGGAGGGGGAAAUAAGUAUUUACACAUUCCAGCUAGUGCAUGCAUGUCCAUUUCUCUGAGUUUUCUGGAAGCGAAAGUGGUCAUUGGUCCGUUCCUCUGCCCCUUGGAUUAUGUGCGCUCGGAUUAGACGAAAGAUGCUUAAAAAAUAGAGAGGCUGGUUGUGUUUCCUUGAUAUGAAAAUGGGGCAUCAUCAUGACCAUAUGUUUAAAGUUCUCAUUGUUGGAGAUGCCACGGUUGGGAAGACAUCGCUGGUCCAGCGAUAUGCCAACGACAGCUUCAACAAGCACUACAAAUCCACGGUGGGAGUGGAUUUUGCUCUGAAGGUGGUGCAGUGGUCUGAGUCCGAGACAGUACGACUCCAGCUAUGGGACAUUGCAGGGCAGGAACGCUUCACCUCCAUGACUCGGCUGUACUACAGAGAGGCAUCAGCCUGUGUUAUAAUGUUCGAUGUUACUAACUUCAACACAUUCAGCAACAGCCAGAAGUGGAAGCUGGAUCUGGACAGCAAACUCACGCUGCCAGAUGGAAGCCUGGUGCCGUGCUUGCUGCUGGCUAAUAAGUGUGACCUUUCUCCUGAAACAUCUGUGAAGGAAAACAAGAAUAUUAACGAGUCUAUGCGAGUCCUUAUUGAAAAGAUGAUGUCGUCGUUCACGGGUGAUGGAGACCUCCCGGGUUCUGGCCGUGGGGAUUAUAUUAACAUAAAAGAUGCCUCCCCACCUGGCUGGGGAUGCUGUUAGCGACGCACACUUCUCCGUCUGCAUCACAGCAAAAGGGAAUGUCUUGUUCACCAAUACUGGCUCUAUUCAAUGGUAAAGAAUUCUCUCCUGUUCCGUGCACAGUCUCAGUAAAGCAUUGAUAUCCGUGUUUUGGGGAGAAUUCCUCUUUAUUCCAACACAGAUGCAACCUAAAGCUCUCUGCUGCUCCUGUCGUUUUAUACAACUGCACAGUUUGAGUUAACACCUCUGAUUAGUAAGAGCACUCCCCUUACUUCGGUAACAUGGGACUGGAUUUGAGGGUGAAAGGUAAUAUUUCAAUAUAUAGCACUUCCUUCUCCCCCCCUCUUCCCAGAUAAUCAGAGGGAUUGUUCCAAAAGCAACAGUUACUAUGACUUUUGUGAAAAUCUGGCAUUUUGCUUGCACCGCCUGGUUCUGACAUGGCAUUACAGUAAUUCCUCGUUAUUUCGCACUCUGAAUCUGUGUGUGACUAAUUCAUCUGUGGUAGAAGUGUUCUGGAUUUUUUUUGUUGGCUGUGGCAAUCAUCUUUGGGUUAAAAGAGGACACUUUCUGGUAGCCAAAGUGCUUAUUUGCAACAGGUGUGGCAUUGCCUGAUUUGCAAAAUAGAUUGGUGUGAAUUUGGGAGAUUCAAAACCACAGCUUUCAUGUGUGUACAUUGACUGCCGUGCUUACUUUAUUGUCCCUGUCUUCUGCUUGGUUGCAAGAAUUGUCUAAUUGCCUUUUGUUGGGUAUCCUUUUUGUCCCUCUACCCAGUGCAUAUAACUCUUCAGAUGCCACUUUAUUAGGGCAUCCAGUGGUGAAUGAGAAAAAGGUUGUAACCCCUCUUGUGUUGUAAAACAACAACAGUACUCCUUGCUUUUAUAGCACCUUCCAUUCUGAGAUUUCAAAUAGCUUUAAACAUGCUGAUGAAUUACUUCCUUGCAACCAUUCUGCCAUGGUGAGUAAAACCUUAAGUGAUGGUUGUGGUAUGGUUUACUGAAAGCCCACCUGCUGCUUUUAGUGAUCCAAAGAAAGGGACUUAACUGGCCAGAAGGAAGUAGUGGGGAAAACCUCUCUUUGCCCUUUUGAUGUUUGUUAGACUCCUUAUGUGUUCUACAUAUGAUCAGAGCUGCUGAAUGACUGACUUUUGGGCCUAAAAAAUUCUGAUGAUUUCCUAAAAGUGCAUGUUUGGCAUUGCUAAUAAGGGAGUUAAUAUAACUCUCGGCCCAGUAAAGCCAUGGUUACAUGGAAUGUGAUGAAUUGAGGUGGUUCUGUAUUUAAUCCUAACAUCAAAUAAGAGCAAAAUGAAUCCUUUGAAACCGGGGUGGCAUUUUUCUGGGGCAGAUUCAAUAAGGAGGCUGUUUGGGGGAAGGAUAUUAAAAGGCUAAUAUCAAAUGAGAGUGCUCUGAACACAUCUGUGAGCCAGGAACAUAGGGGAUCCUUUGUUUUCUAUAGGAAUGAUCUCUUCUGUGGCCUUAAGUAAACCAGUUCACCCUUCUUCGUUGUAUAGAACACAAAUAACUGAAGAUUAAUGAAUGCUUGUAAUGUACUUCGGAUUUGAAAACUUCUAUAUAAAUGAUGAAUGAUAAGGAAUAGAGAUCCAGAAUUUUGUUAACGGAUAAAAUUCAUGUAAGGCUAGGAUGCACAAUUCAAAGAUUUUGUUCUGUUAAAUGCAUUUAAAUAUUCCAUCACUGUGCAAUCAGAUUCACAGAGAACCCAAACUGUGCAGAAAGUAUGUGAGAACUGGAAAGAGGAAGUAAGCAGCAAAGAAGCAGAACUGACCCAAAAAAGUAUAAUACAAAAAGUAAACCACCUAAAAUAAGUAAAUAUGCUUUUAAAAAUCCUAUUUUGGCUUUUAGAAGUCUAAAGAUUAAAUAGGAAAAGUAAAAGAUCUUGUUUUCAAAAGGAUUGAUCUUGACAGCAUUCUCUGAUUAUCAUAAUGCCUAGCAUUCUUUGCCCAUAGAUCUCAAAGUGCUUUACUUGGGAGGUCAGCAUUAAUAUUCCCAUCUUAAAGAUGAGAUGCUGAUGCACAGAAGGGAAGUGACUUGCCCAUGAUGGCACAGUAAACUAGUAACACAGCCAGGAGUUAAGCCCAGUGCUCUACCCACUAGGCAACAUUGCCUGGAGGAAUAGAUUUCAUUACACAUGGUGAUACAUUUUAACCUGUUGUUCAACUGCAGCUGUAGAGUGCCUGGGAUUCUUACUUUUGUAUCAGUAAUUGCUGCUCAAAAAUGAGUAAAAAAAACUUGAAAUCCUUAAAGGUUUCUCAUAUGCGAGACUUAAAGAUCUGUAUGUGCAGUUUUUGUUUUCACACAUCGUUCACUGCUUGCUAAAGAUGCAAUACAAAAAUAACUGUCAAAAAUCAACCCAGUGCAACAAAGAAUGGCUUUUGCUUGAGAAAUAUCUAAAAACUCAAACAGGAAAACAAUCUGUGUGUGCAAAUGUGUGUUUUCAGAGCUGUGUCUCUAGCACACACGGCAUUUAAAACAAAAAGCCCAGCUUAUUGUUAACCUCAGUUUAGUUCUUCUGCAAAACAAACUCAGUUUCAAAGAUCCCAUCUAACUCAGGUUUUGCUGUCUGUUGGGUGUUUUAAUGUGUGAGACUAAGGUUUCUGCAAAUUUGUGAACAAUGUUUAUAUACCAUCUAUGUAGGCUUGUGUGGCCAUUCUAGCAGAAACAAGGUAGGAAACUUUUUAAGCACAAAACCUGUGGAUUUUCAUCUCAUCUGUACUUCUUAUGGCUUUGUACUUUUUUUGCAUGAUUCUGCGCCAACUGAUCUCUCUCUUCUCGUCCCCCCCCCCCAACCCCCCCAUUUUAUUGCUUAAUGUCAGAGCUCUUUGGUCUGUAGCCAUGGGACUCAGAUUGCUAGAUUUAGUUACACAUUUUUAAAUCAUGAAACUCAGCUUACUACAAAUCUGCCAAUAACAAGGAAUUUUUACUUCAGUAAAACUUCCAGGUCAUGAGUACACACUCCAGUUCAAAGGGUCAGUCAACCAUAUAAAAGCUCUUGAGAUUUUUUUAAAUUAUUUGCUGUUAUGCAUAGUCUCACAUGAAUUUUAUUUUACAGGUAAGAUUCUGGUUAGUGUUUCUUCACUUACAGUAUUACUUUGUGUAAUAAAAGGGAAAAAGCUGUUGAUUUUUUUUUUCUGUAACAAUCAUUAACCAAGCCAGUAUUGCAAACAUUGAAACAAAUUUAUAAUAAAAAUUCUGACUUUUUUUUUUUAAAAAAGCUCUUGCUUGGUUAGUAGUUAUUGGUUUCCUUUCUAAACAGUCAUAACGGUAGAUGAGUUCACAAGUCCAAAAUAGAAAAAUAUUUCACUGUCAACAAUAAUAUCUGUAAAGAGAAUUGUAUGUGUGAAGAGUGAAUUGUUCCCUUUCUUCUCCCAAAAUGUCAGCAACAUAUGUUUAUAUUUUUAUGUGAAUACACUGCUGUUUCGAUAUUGUGUUA